AUGACUCAAAGAGAUUACAAAGAACUCCCCUUGCUUGAUGCAAGCAUUUCUGAGCUACAAAAUGCUCUCUCAUCAGGGUCACUCACCAGCGUGGACUUGGUCUCUCGCUACCUGCGUCGAAUUAGUGUCUAUGACGCCAAUGGACCCAAACUCAGCGCUAUACCCAUCCUCAACCCAUCCGUCUUCGAUGAGGCAGCCGCUUCGGAUGCGUAUCGGGCAUCGGGACUUCCCCCUCGCCGACUAGAGGGAAUCCCGUUCCUGGUCAAAGAUAAUAUCAAAGUGAAGGGCAUGGUCGUCGCGAAUGGUUCUCCCGCAUUUGAGCAUCUCAUAGCAAAUGAAGAUGCCGCGUGUGUACAGAUUCUCCGUGCUGCUGGUGCAGUUCUGUUGGGUAGAACCAACAUGCCUGCCAUGGCCUAUGGUGGAAUGCAGCGCGGAAUCUGGGGUCGGGCCGAGAGUCCGUACAAUAGCGAGUACUUGGCAGCAGCAUAUGCCUCUGGGUCAUCAAAUGGAUCAGCAGUGGCCACGAGCGCGAAUUUCUGUGCUUUUUCUCUUGGGACUGAAACUGUUUCAUCAGGUCGCUCGCCAGCGUCAAAUAAUGCCAUUGUCGCAUAUACGCCUUCCAAGGGUCUCCUCCCACUGCGCGGGGUCUUUCCACUGUAUCCGACCUGUGAUGUAUUAGUACCGCACACUAGGACCGUUGCUGACCUAUUCCAUGUCCUCGAUGUUUUGGCCAUUUCUGAUCCGGAUCCGGUGGGAGACUUCUACAACGAACAAACAAUCGUCCCCUUGCCUUCGGUGACAACAAUUCGACCCGAUUCCUUCUCCGAUCUACAAGAAAAGACCUCUCUGAAGGGGAAACGCAUCGGUAUCCCAUCCAUGUAUAUCGGGGGCGACGAAUCCUCCAUUUUACCGAUCAGCAAAGUUCACCCCCGAGCCUCAAUCAUAAAAUUGUGGCAAGAAGCUCGACGCGCCCUUGAAGCAUGCGGAGCCGAAGUCAUCGAAACCGACUUCCCUCUCGUGACAACCUAUGAGGAAAACGCAGCCUCGGGGCAGCUGGUCACCAUCGCAAAUCUUCCUGGGGGCUGGGCAGGCAAGGAACGAUGCGAGGUUGUAGCGCACGCGUGGGACGACUUCCUAGUUGCAAAUGGUCAAAAGGGUCUCGAUUCAUUGACUCUUGUAGAUCCCGCUACAAUCUUCCCUCUCGCACCAGGAUCUGUCCUUGGCACCCCCGAAGCAGCAAACAAACCACGAUGGGACGAGAUCGUUGAAUAUCCGAAUCGCAAACCGUUUUCUAUUUUCGAGAUUCCUGGCAUGAAACAGGCAGUUCAGGCGCUAGAAACCGCUCGCAAGGAGACGUUCGAGACGUGGAUGGACAGUCUGGGUCUAGAUGCAGUUGCAUUUCCGGCUAUCGCUGAUAUUGGGGCUGCAAAUGCGGAUGUGGAUGUGGAGGCGUCGCGAUACGCGUGGAGUAACGGCGUCAGGUAUUCCAAUGGCAACCGACCUAUACGCCAUCUCGGCGUGCCAACCAUCUCCAUACCAAUGGGGCUGAUGGAGGAUACAAUGAUGCCUGUCAGUAUUACCUUUGCUGGGAAGGCAUAUAAGGAUACUAGUCUCCUGCGGUACGGGUUUGCGUUCGAGGCGGCGACGAAGUAUCGUGUUCAACCGCCUCUUGUCCCAGCUCUAGACUCGGAUCAUAUUCUGACUAGCAAUUUUGCUCCAAGAAAUGCCUCUCAGAGUCCAGAGAUUGUGGUGGACACGCAAAACAAAGAAAUCCGUGGCUCAGACGUCGUGGUUCAGGCCCAAGGGUUUGUUAGAGACGCCACAUUAAUAGACUUAUCUUGUUAUGUCAAUGGUCAGCCAUGCGAAUCUGUGGUGAUUGAUGGGAAAUGGACCAUUAAAGCUACGUAUCCCGUCUCAGAGCGUGAUAGCAAAUGGGAAAAAUGGACCAGUCCAGUACUAAAACAAAUUGUUAUCAUCAUCACAGCACACACCGAUGCUGGGUCUGCGGGAAGGCUGAUCAUCUUAUGA